AUGGCCGGCGAGUGGGACAUCAACGACGCGCACAUCCCGUUCAUCCAAGAGCUCGUGUACGACAAGUUCAACGAGUGGUCCGACGGGCACGUGCGCUACGUGUACCAUCCGUCGGACGACCAUGCCCGGAAGCACAUCUCGGGCUGGGCGAUGCGCAACACCAACAACCACAACGUGAGCAUCCUGAAGAAGAGCUGCCUCGGGGUGCUGGUGUGUUCGGCCCGCUGCAAACUCCCAACUGGCGGCCACAUUCACCUGCGGCCCGCCAUCUGUGAUAAGGCACGCCGGAAGCAGCAGGGCCGGGCAUGUCCGAACCGCAACUGCAAGGCGGGCCGGCUGGAGGUGCUUCCGUGCCGGGGCCACUGUGGCUACCCGGUGACGCACUACUGGCGCCACACGGAGAAGGCCAUCUUCUUCCAGGCGAAGGGCGCGCACGAUCAUCCGCAGCCCGAGUCGAAGACGUCGGGUGAGACGCGGAAGAUCAUCGGUGCCGGAGGGAAGGCGGCCAAGGCCAAGAAGCUUUCGGUGUUGCUGUUGCGGGAUGCCGCCCUGGGGAAUAAGCUAAUGUCCUUGAAGUCCUCAACCAAGUCGAAUGGAGCUUCAGGACCGGAGAUAUUGCAGCCUCCACCGUUGAUUCCCGAUCCCAGUUACGGAGAUACUACGAAGUGUCUAUCCUGCACCCGAACUCCCUGCGUUUGUCGGACGAAAAUUAGUACUUCCCUAGCAAGAGCUGUGGAAGAAAAUGGAUCUUUUUUCGACCAAUCCGCCCAUCCACAACCUUCCCUUCAGCAGCAUCACUGCAGUUCCGCCUGGUCUGCGUAUGAAUCUGCGGCAGGGGAUUCCUUCACGCAAGCCUCUACCGGAUAUGACGCGAAUGGAUCGAGUAUGAGCCACUGCCAGACAUCGUCGGCCAGUAGCACCCCCGGCUGUUCCCAGCUGCGCACAUCCAGCCUGAUAAACGAGUGCUUCCAUCCGGAUGAGAUCUUUCAACUGGAUCAACCACUGCGGCAGCAGUCGAGUGCGGGAUCGGCGGCAGUCGUCAGUCACCUAACGACCGCGACACCGACGACGUUGCUGGACCUCGGGAGUGGCGCGAUCUAUAAGAAGUGCAACCAAAUCAGCCCGGAGUACAUCUUCGGUACGGCCAGCAGUGGAACCACGAACAACGGGGAUCUGGUGGGUGGAAGUUACCAGUCCUGCUCUUAUGCCACUGGUGGAGGAUCGGCAGGGAGUCACACCACGGUGGCUGAUGGAAUGGGUGUUGGACAAACGGUUACGGAACAACCGAUCGGGAAGUACUUCGCCAGCGAUGGUUACGGCAGUCUUCCGGCGCUUGAUGAAAGUCCAUCCAAAGAUAUCCUACGGUACAUCAAGAAAGAGGCUUCUACUACAGCUAAGCAAUCGCUCGGAGCCGAUGCCAACUGCACGGGGGUCACGUCCCGUACCACACGGCCAUACGACUGCGAACCGGGUCAGUACAAAAAGCCGGCCUACCACUACAGACCGUCCUCGACGGCGGGGACCUACUUUGCCCACAACAACAACAAUAGUAACUCCGCCGCCAAUAACAACAGCAUUAUCUGCACGAGUGGCGUGACCAAAUCCACCCCGAACAGCUAUGAGGCUCACCUGGACCAUCACCAUCCACUCACAAACAGCAAUGGCGUCAAUUAUGGCUAUCAUGGACAGGCGGACUCGGUAGGACCAAGUGUGGCGAUCUCGACUGGAAGCAGCUUCGAGCAGCCGUACGGAGCAUCCAGCUAUAUCAGUACGACCUCAACGAUGCUAUCGGGUUCUCCGAAAGCCGUGGCAGCGAUGACCCAGCAGCAGCAGCAUCAUCACCAUCAUCAGCAGCAUCAGUCGGAGCUGCACUACACCUCAACGGUGUACGCUGCUGGUACGGAUAAUUACCGGUACGGCAACAAUUACCUUAAAGGAUCGUCACCGACGAUUCACGGUGGCGUUCCGUUUCAGGCGUCGGCGGUGCAGCAAAUGCACCCGGAGCUGCCCCUGGCGGCGUACGACUUCUAUUAG